UGCGGUGCUACUCUGAUGAGGCUGACAGAAGUUUGAUGUGGUGUGCUGCCUUUAGUGGGUCAGACAGGAAGGGUGUUUGCUUUCUGAACCAGUUUGGUGUUUUUCAUUGACAUGGAGUUCUUGUGUUUUUGGGUUAACCUCCUUGUUGGACUCUGUGUUGGGUCAUCUUUUGCUUUUCCACCCAAAGAUUAUACACAGCAUGCUUCAUUUCAAAGGCCUCAGUUCACAGGGAGCUUUCAACACCCUGAGCAACAGAAGGCUCCAGCUGAGGAACGAGAGCAGGUGAAUACUGUUGGAGUCACCUGCCAUCCAGACUCGGUGGAGAUUGUUAUCAAAGCUGACAUGUUUGGAGUUGGAGCUCCUGUUAAUGUUGAUGAGUUACGCCUCGGCGUGGAGCACAGUGAUUACUGUGGAGCUACAGCAUCUGCAGGAGAUGAGUACAGAAUCAUUGUGGGACUCGUGGACUGCGGCACCAAACACUGGAUGACCGAAGACUCUCUGGUCUACACAAACCUCCUCAUCUACUCUCCUGAGGCCUCUCCAGACGGGGUGGUUCGAAUGGAUGAAGCUGUAAUUCCAAUCGAGUGUCACUAUGAAAGGAAGUACAGUUUGUCCAGUUCUUCCCUCUCGCCUACCUGGAUCCCCUUCAUGUCCACCCAAGCUGCAGUGGAAACUUUAGAGUUUGGCUUGAGAAUUAUGACGAAUGACUGGCAACAUGAAAGAAGCUCUAACAUGUUUUACCUCGGUGAGCCCAUCGGCAUGGAAGCCUCGGUCAGAGUCGGACAUCACAUGGGGCUCCGAGUGUUUGUGAGCAGCUGUGUGGCUACACUUCAACCAGACAUCUACUCCGUUCCCAGAUAUGUCUUUGUUGAAAAUGGGUGCUUGGGUGACUCCCAGCUUCCAGGUUCUACGUCCCACUUCUCCAGGACACAAGAUGACAAGCUACGCCUGGUCAUUGACGCCUUUAGGUUUCAUAAUGAAGAGAGAGGAGAGCUCUACAUCACAUGUCACCUGCACGCUGUACCAGUAAAUGAUGCAGAGGCACCAGAUAAGGCGUGCACUUUUGUAAAUGGAAGAUGGAGGUCAGCUGAUGGCAAUGACUACUUAUGUGGGUAUUGUCAAAGCCAAAAUGAAGCUGACCAAACCCGCGGUAAGCCCAGCAGCCCUGAUAAGGUUGGUCCUCGUGGGUUUGGGAAACCAGAUGAACCUGAACCCUUGUGGAGAAGCGGACUGAAGACCAACACAGUGUGGGAACAGGAGGCGAGAGUGGGCCCGAUGAUGGUCUUGCCAGCCAGGCAGAAGAGUGGGCCUAUACCUGAGGAGGAGCUUCCUCCCGUUCUCAAUAAAAUCAGCAGACCUUCACUGUACGGCAGCCGGUGGAGAAGUGGAGUUAAAGACAGAAUUGAUCAUAAGAAGGGGCCGCUUCCUGGUUCACCAUCUACACUAGACCACAUGGAGGGUCUGACUUUUUCUUCUAAGCAGAAUAAAGAUGUCAAUAGUGGAACCGAUCUAAAAUACGGAGAUGCUGAGAAAGUUUCUGCACCUCUAGAAAAGGUUUCUCCUGAGCUCAGCUUGAAAUCAAAGGCAGCGGUGGUGCUCGACAAAAACAGCACGGCGGCCCUCGACGACAUCAGCCCGACUGCUCAGUUAACGGUGGAUGUGACCAAACCGUCAAAUGCAACACAAUCUGACCUUCCAGAUAAAAAUGACCCAAAAAGAUAAUAAACUA